CACAAAUACUGUACACUGUUGUCCUUCAUCUUCAGCAACGGACUAGCGAAUACAUUGCUUGGCCUACUGCCGACUCCCUGAUCAAGUCACGGAAGACACCACCACCAAUAUCCACCACAAACCAGAUACAAUCCACCCAACAAUGUCGAACCUCUCCUUCAACUGCGCCCUUGUCACCGGCGGCGGCGGCGGCCUCGGCAAAGCCAUCGCCAGCUACCUCCUCCACAAAGGCAAGAAAGUCAUCAUCGCGGGACGCACGGAGCAGACCCUGCGCCAAACCGCCCAAGAGAUCGGGGCCACCGACUACUUCGUGCUGGACACGGGGGUCGUCUCGCAGAUCCCAGCCUUCAUCCGCACGCUCACCACCAAGUACCCGGAAGUCGACUGCCUGAUCAACAAUGCGGGCGUCCAGCGACCUUUAGACGUGCUCGAGGACGCGCCCGCCGACUUCCUGGCCAACGCCGACCAGGAGAUCGACAUCAACAUCCGGGGGCCGAUGCACCUGACGCUGGGCCUGCUGGAGCACUUCCGGUCGCACCCGCACGGCGCGACGAUCAUGAACGUCUCCUCCAUCCUGGCGUUCGUGCCGUUCUCCGUCAUCAACCCGGUGUACAAUGGCACCAAGGCGUGGUUGCACUUCUGGUCGAUGACGCUGCGCACGCAGCUGGAGAAGGGCGGGUAUGAGCGGGUCAAGGUCGUCGAGGUCGUGCCGCCCUCCGUGGGCACGGAUCUGCACCGCGACCGGUCGGAUCCCGAUGAUAAUAAGAAGCAUAACAAUCCGAGUGCGUUGACGGUGGAGGAGUUUAUGGAGUUCUUUGUUGAGGGGUUGGAGGGUGGGCAGAGUGUGAUUGCGCCGGGGAUGAGUCGGGAGGUGGUUGAUCAGUGGUAUGGGCAGUUCGGGGGUAUGUAUGAUAGGCUCGCUGGGGAGCAUAAGAAGUGAU